UACACCACCCAGAAGGAUCGGGGAAUUUUGUAUUUGAUAUUCCAACUACAGUUCUAGAGCAGCAGGUUCUUAGUGGAAUACCAGCAAGUGAAAUUGCAACAAUGUUUGGAGUUUCAACGAGGACCAUCAGAAGGCGCAUGAAACAGUGCGGUUUGAGAAAGCAAGACCUUUAUUCAACUGUGGACGAUGCUGAGUUGGACCGCAUGGUUAUUGAAAUCCACAGAAGACACCCAAACACCGGGUACAAGCUCAUGCGUGGUCAUCUAAAUGCAAGAGGUGUGCGUGUUCCAAGCUCAAGAGUACUAGAAUCUCUACGCAGAGUCAAUGCAGAAGGAGUUCACAUGAGACGUUUAAGGCUGCGUGUGUCAAGGCGAAGGCAGUAUUCUGUACCUGGCCCGAAUUCCUUGUGGCAUAUAGAUGGGAAUCAUAAGCUCAUCAGGUGGAGAUUUGUUAUCCAUGGAGGGGUGGACGGAUUCAGUCAUCUUGUGGUCUACCUCACUGUGGCUGGCAAUAAUAGAGCCAGUACGGUCUUACGGAGCUUCAUGACUGCUGUUGAGCAGUAUGGACUGCCGUCAAGGGUACGGUCUGAUAAAGGGGGAGAGAAUGCAGAUGUCGCAGAAUUUAUGAUCAGAAGUAGAGGUACCGACAGGAAUUCACACAUCACUGGAAGAAGUGUCCACAAUCAGCGAAGACCACAGGAGAUGGUUCCAGUAAUCCAUGUCCUCAGUCUGUUGGUCUUCAGCAAACUGUGA